AAUGAGCACAGAUGGAGAAAUGUCAAUCUUCGGGCCGGCCGCCCAGUUCCUCCGCAAGUCUGAGAGGGAGCGGACGGAGGCCCAGUCCCGCCCGUUUGAUGGCAAGACAGCGUGCUUCGCCAGCGACGAGAAAGAGCUGUAUGUCAAGGCUGAGAUCCAGGACAGGGCGGACGGCAGAGUCACUGUGAAGACCGUGGAUGACAGAACUUUGACUGUCAGGGAGGACCAAGUGUUUCCCAUGAACCCGCCCAAGUUCGAUAAGAUUGAGGACAUGGUGAUGAUGACGCACCUCCACGAGCCUGCGGUGCUGUUCAACCUGAAGGAGCGGUACACGGCGUGGAUGAUCUACACGUACUCUGGGCUGUUCUGUGUGACUGUGAAUCCUUACAAAUGGCUCCCGGUCUACAACCCGGAGGUGGUCCGGGCCUACAGAGGGAAGAAGAGGAUGGAGGUUCCCCCUCACAUCUUCGCCCUGUCUGAUAACGCCUACCAGUUCAUGCUCACCGAUCGUGAAAAUCAGUCUAUUCUCAUCACUGGAGAAUCCGGUGCUGGAAAGACUGUGAACACUAAGCGUGUCAUCCAGUAUUUCGCAACAAUCUCAGUUGGUGGAGACAAGAAGAGGGAGAUGAACAGUAAAAUGAAGGGAACUCUGGAGGAUCAAAUCAUCCAGGCCAACCCUCUGCUGGAAGCUUUCGGGAACGCCAAGACGAUGAGGAACGACAAUUCGUCUCGCUUUGGCAAAUUCAUUCGGAUACACUUUGGCACAACUGGUAAACUGUCGUCUGCAGAUAUCGAAACGUACCUGCUAGAGAAGUCGAGAGUGACCUUCCAGCUGGCGGCGGAGAGGAGUUAUCACAUUUUCUAUCAGCUUACUUGCAACAAGAAGCCUGAACUGAUCGAUCUGCUUCUCAUCACCACCAACCCCUACGACUUCGCCUUCAUCAGUCAGGGCGAAAUCAGCGUCAAAAGCAUCAACGACGCCGAGGAGCUGAUGGCCACAGACGAGGCCUUAGAUAUUCUGGGCUUCACGGCGGAGGAGAAAACGUCCAUCUACAAGCUGACCGGAGCUGUGAUGCAUUAUGGGAACAUGAAGUUCAAGCAGAAGCAGCGUGAGGAGCAGGCUGAGCCAGAUGGCACAGAGGAAGCUGAUAAAGCGGCGUAUCUGAUGGGCCUGAACUCUGCUGAUCUGCUGAAAAGUCUCUGUUAUCCCAGAGUGAAGGUCGGAAAUGAGUAUGUCACCAAGGGACAGACUGUACAGCAGGUGUACAACUCCAUCGGCGCUCUCGCAAAGUCCGUCUACGAGAAGAUGUUUCUGUGGAUGGUCGUACGAAUCAACCAGCAGCUGGAUACAAAACAACCCAGACAACAUUUCAUUGGCGUUCUCGAUAUCGCUGGCUUCGAGAUCUUUGAUUACAACAGCAUGGAGCAACUCUGCAUCAACUUCACCAACGAGAAGCUGCAACAGUUUUUCAACCACCACAUGUUUGUGUUGGAGCAAGAGGAAUACAAGAAAGAGGGGAUUGAGUGGGAGUUCAUUGACUUUGGGAUGGAUUUGGCGGCCUGCAUUGAGCUUAUUGAAAAGCCAAUGGGGAUCUUCUCCAUCCUCGAGGAAGAGUGCAUGUUCCCAAAAUCCACAGACGCCUCUUUCAAGAACAAACUGUACGACCAACAUCUCGGGAAGAACAACUGCUUCUUGAAGCCCAAAACGGUCAAAGGCAAACCGGAGGCUCACUUCACUCUGAUGCACUACGCCGGCACUGUUGACUAUAACAUCAGCGGCUGGCUGGAGAAGAACAAAGACCCUCUGAGCGAGUCUGUGGUGCAGCUGUACCAGAAGUCUUCGGUAAAGAUACUGGCCAUGUUGUACGCGAGCUUUUCUGGAUCCGAUGGUGAGUUUUUUGGGGCAGCUGCAGGAGGAACUAAAAAAGGAUCCAAGAAGAAGGGAGCAUCUUUCCAAACUGUGUCAGCGCUGUUCAGGGAGAAUCUCGGGAAGCUCAUGACGAACCUGAGAACGACUCAUCCUCACUUUGUCCGCUGUUUGAUACCAAAUGAGACCAAAACACCAGGUGCAAUGGAGAACAACCUGGUUAUCCACCAACUACGCUGCAACGGCGUGCUGGAGGGGAUCCGGAUCUGCAGGAAGGGAUUUCCCAGCCGAAUCCUCUACGGGGACUUCAAGCAGAGAUACAGGAUUCUGAAUCCCAGCGCGGUUCCGGAGGGACAAUUUAUGGACAACAAGAAAGCUGCAGAGAAACUUCUGGGCUCAAUCGACGUGGAUCACACUCAGUGCAAGUUUGGACACACUAAGGUGUUUUUUAAAGCUGGUCUGCUGGGCACUUUGGAGGAGAUGCGAGAUGAGCGGUUAGCUCAGGUUGUGGCGUCCACUCAGGCUCUGUGCCGCGCCUACCUCGUUCGCCUGGAGUACCAGAGGAUGAUGGCCAGAAAGGAGGCAAUCUACACCAUCCAGUAUAACUUCCGCUCUUUCAUGAACGUGAAACACUGGCCGUGGAUGAAGCUGUAUUUUAAGCUCAAACCUCUCCUGAAGAGCGCUGAGGCGGAGAAGGAAAUGGCCCAAAUGAAGGUGGAUUUCACGAAGCUCAAAGAAGAUCUGUCCAAGUCAGAAAACCGGCGGAGGGAACUCGAAGAGAAGCUGGUUUCCAUUGUACAAGAGAAGAACGACCUCCUGCUCCAGGUUCAGACAGAGGCCGACAGCCUGCAGGAUGCCGAGGAGAGAUGUGAAGGCCUCAUCAAAAGCAAGAUCCAGAUGGAAGCCAAGCUGAAGGAGGUGACAGAGAGACUGGAAGACGAGGAGGAGGUCAACGCCGAGCUGACCGCCAAGAAGAGGAAGCUCGAGGACGAGUGCUCUGAACUGAAGAGGGACAUCGACGACUUGGAGCUCACCUUGGCUAAAGUGGAGAAGGAGAAACAUGCCACAGAAAACAAGGUGAAAAACCUGACUGAAGAAAUCAUGAGCCAAGAUGAAAAUAUCACCAAAUUGUCGAAGGAGAAGAAAUCGCUGCAGGAGGCUCACCAGCAGACGCUGGACGACCUGCAGUCAGAGGAGGACAAAAUAAACACUCUGACCAAAGCCAAAACCAAACUGGAGCAGCAGGUCGAUGAGCUGGAAGCUUCUCUGGAACAAGAGAAAAAGCUGCGUAUGGACCUGGAGAGAGCCAAGAGGAAGCUGGAGGGUGAUCUGAAACUGGCCCAGGAAUCCAUAAUGGAUCUGGAGAAUGAGAAACAGCAGCUGGAUGAAAAGCUGAAAAAGAAAGACUUUGAGUCGUCACAGCUGCAGACGAAGAUAGAAGAUGAACAAGCUCUCGGUGCUCAGCUGCAGAAGAAAAUAAAAGAGCUCCAGGCAAGGAGCGAGGAGCUGGAGGAGGAAAUCGAGGCCGAGCGCUCGGCUCGAGCCAAAGUGGAGAAGCAGAGGUCCGAUCUGUCCCGGGAGCUGGAGGAGAUCACGGAGAGGCUGGAGGAGGCCGGAGGAGCCACCGCCGCUCAGGCUGAGCUAAACAAGAAACGCGAGGCCGAGUUCCUAAAAAUACGCAGGGAUCUGGAGGAGUGUUCACUGCAGCACGAGGCCACGUCUGCUGCCCUGCGCAAGAAACACGCAGACAGCGUGGCCGAACUGGGAGAGCAGCUGGAUAACGUCCAGAGGGUCCGGCAGAAACUGGAGAAGGAGAAGAGCGAGUUACGGCUGGAGGUGGACGACUUGGCUAGCAAUAUGGAAACCAUGGCCAAAGCAAAGAUUAAUUUAGAGAAAAUGUGCCGUUCGCUCGAAGAUCAACUGAACGAGGUGAAAACCAAAGAGGAGGAGCAUCAGAGGCUAAUAAACGACCUUUCAAGCCAGAAAGCUCGACUGCAGACGGAAAACGGUGAAAUGUCUCGCCGGCUUGAAGAAAAAGAGUCCUUAAUGUCACAGCUGACUCGGGGAAAACAGGCCUUUCUCCAGCAGAUUGAGGAGCUGAAGAGACAGGUUGAAGAGGAGGUUAAGGCAAAAAACGCCCUGGCUCACGGUUUGCAGUCGGCUCGCCACGACUGCGAGCUGCUCAGAGAGCAAUACGAGGAGGAACAGGAGGCCAAAGCUGAGCUGCACCGCUGCCUGUCCAAGACCAACAGCGAGGUGGCUCAGUGGAGAACCAAGUAUGAAACUGAUGCCAUCCAACGCACCGAAGAGCUUGAGGAGGCCAAGAAGAAGCUGGCGCUGCGUCUGCAGGAUGCAGAAGAAGCUGUGGAGGCUGUCAACUCCAAGUGUUCCUCUCUUGAGAAGACAAAACAGCGGCUGCAGGGAGAGGUGGAGGACUUGAUGAUGGAUGUCGAGAGGUCAAAUGCUGCUGCUGCGGCCUUAGACAAGAAGCAGAGAAACUUUGAUAAGGUUUUGUCUGAGUGGAAGCAGAAAUACGAGGAAAGUCAGGCAGAGCUGGAGUCGGCCAUAAAAGAGGUUCGUGGUUUGGGCACCGAGAACUUCAAGAUGAAGAACGCCUUCGAAGAAACCCUGGAACAACUGGAGACCCUCAAACGGGAAAAUAAAAACCUGCAACAGGAAAUAAUGGAUCUGACUGAGCAGUUGGGAGAGACGGGAAAAACCAUCCACGAGCUGGAAAAAUCAAAGAAACAGGCUGAGCAGGAGAAGCUGGAGGCCCAGACUGCUCUGGAGGAGGCAGAGGCCUCCAUGGAGCACGAGGAGUCCAAGAUCCUGCGAGUCCAGCUGGAGCUGAACCAGCUGAAGUCGGAGGUUGACAAGAAGAUACCAGGAAUGCCGAAGAGAAAGCCAAGAAGGCCAUCACGGAUGCUGCCAUGAUGGCUGAGGAGCUGAAGAAGGAGCAGGAUACUAGCUCUCACCUGGAGAGGAUGAAGAAGAACCUGGAGGUUACAGUUAAGGACCUGCAGCACCGCCUGGAUGAGGCCGAGAACCUGGCCAUGAAGGGCGG